UUCUCGGAUCUUCGUCGCGUGUUGUUGCGUUGCGCUGGUGCGCCUGUUCGUCAUCAAAUAAUUUUAUCAGCAGCAGAACCGCACACAAGAGAAAAAAAUAUUUUCAUUUUCCCUUUCUCCCGCUCUGCCGAAUCUGGUCUUUUUUUUCCAGUGGCUGGCGCGCACUUUCUUUCCACACUGAAUUCAUCUAUUUUACAAUUGCAAACGCCCAGUCGGUGACCAGCAAUUGCGUUUUGAAAAACGGAAAAAAAAAUCGACGACAACGACGGAGUUCCAGCUUGUGGGGGCAAAACUGGACGCAGUUGAAGAGCGCAGGGAGGUGGGAGGAAAAAUGUCAAUAAAGUAAAUGCCCUGACGACGACGGCGGCCCAGGUCGAGUGCAUGCAAAUUAUCCAAAGUCAGUUGUGCUAGGCCCAGAAGGGAAGGCUCUAGAAGAUUAAGUGGAUUUAAUUGUUGGCUGUGUGCAGUAAAGUGGCCCGUGUGAGUGCGUGUCCGGAACUUGGUUCCCGUGUUACCUGUGAGAGCGUUCGAGAAUCUGUUACAAGUUACUGGAAGAAUUUGGAGCAAACUCCAGAUUCUAAAGGGAUUUCAAUUCCAAAAGUCACCUAGACUAUUGUAAUUACAAAAAGAUUCCGCCCCUUCUAGUCUAGUCUAGUUUUACGACGUGGCCCAAGUUGCAAGCAACGGCUAAAGAAAAAGAGCCCUCCACACACAACACAAAAUUAAAAACGCGUUUUUACGUAAUAUCAGCUGCUGGCCCCCCAAGAGUCAUUCAAACAGCGAGCGUCACUAACCAGCAGUCAAAGUCGCGUCCGUGAAGAUUGUUUCUUGCGGCCCAGAGCUAGAGCUAGCGUCCGCGAUCCACUUCAUAAAGCAGCAAGCAUCCACGACGACGACGACGACCACCACCUGAAGCAGUUACUAAAACUGAGCUAAGCAAAGACACACAAACGCACGAACGAUGUCGAUCGAGGAACGAUUCAAUGCCGCCGUCAACGUGAUCCGCGGGCUGCCGAAGAAUGGCCCGUACCAGCCGAGCAACGAGAUGCUCCUGACUUUCUACUCGCUUUUCAAGCAAGCGACCGAAGGAAAGUGCAACGCGGGCCGGCCGGCACUCUGGAACGUCGUCAACAGAGCCAAAUGGGACGCCUGGAACCGGCUCGGGGACAUGCCCAAGGAGGCGGCCAUGCAAAAGUACGUCGAUGAGCUGAAAAAGAUCGUGGAAACCAUGUCGUACACGGACAACGUGGCCAACUUCCUCGAGUACGGCUCCGGCAACGGCAACGACUCCUCGGACAGCGGCGUCAGCCUGAACGACCUGGAAAUGGUCGCACCGGAAGCGAUCCAGAAGGUGCGCUCCCGGCCCAACUCCCCGAUCGCUUCGCGGGACACGAGUCCGGCGCGGGCCUCACCGGUUCCUCCCUCGUUGCAACAGCAGCCGGCGGCCCCACUGGUCAACGGAUUCCACGCCAAACCGCUCACCAAUGGGUACCAUCACUACGCGAACGGUGGCAGCGGAACGCAGUCGGACUUGAGCGACGACGAGUACAUCGACACGGUUGAGGACUCGGAGACGGAGUCCACGUUCCGGCCGAUCGUGGCGAACCACGUGUCGCGUAGUCGCGCCGUCGUCCAGAACGGUGGUUCGUUGGGUUCGGCUUCCGAACAGUUCCACAGCUUGGGUUCCGUCUCGUCGUCGUUGUCGAUGGGCGGAAAUCCGGAAGUGGCGGCCCAGUUGGCACGGGCCAUUGAUCGGCUCAACGCCAGCGUCCAGCAGGUCAACCAGCGGAUCAACGUGGUCGAACAGUCGGUGGCCAGUUUGAGGGCGGCGGCGGAUCAGAACCAGGUGGCGACGGUUAAGCAGGCCUUGCGGAAGAACAACAACUAUCCGCCCUGGUGGCCGUUUGAGGAAAUUUCACCCCGGCUGUUGGCGCUCGUCAUUCUGUGGCCGCUGGUCGUGGGCCGGAUGACGGCCUGGCUGCAGCAGCGAAGGAAAUGAGGUGAAACUCCCCAUUUUAUUGGUGUUUAUUGUGAGGACAAUUUUUGGGUUUUAAUUUAAUCAAGGAGGAAGUCGGGAGGGGUGUACAUAUUUCUCUACCGUAUUUUUGUUUUUUUAGGUUUAGCUCGACGGAAGGUGUCUGAUUGCUUUUUAGAAUUUUGAGGAAAAGAGCACGCUAAAGUAGUUAAGCAUUCGAGUAGAUUUUAUGUUUUUGUUCUAGGAAGUAGGGCUGCCCAGAAAAGUGCAAUGUACGUUCUUUUUACAGACAAAACGAUCGAAAUGGAAUUUUGAUUUUUCUGUUGUAUAUUUUUAUUACCAUAAUGCUACAAAUGAUUUCCAUGUUACCACGACACAAAAUAAAAAUAUUCUGUUUUUGGUGUUUUGAUUUAUUAUUUAGUUUUCUUAAGUGAACAAAAGUUCUAUAAAAAAAGCUGUAUUCUUGAGGUGUUUUGAACAAACUACAACACAAUUCCAAUACUAGUAGACAAAUAUACAAUUUUCACACUACUCCAGUUAACUAAUCA